UUUCUUGGCAGUACAGAAGUGGAGCAGCCCAAAGGCACAGAGGUUGUUAGAGAUGCUGUUAGAAAAUUAAAGUUUGCAAGACAUAUCAAGAAGUCUGAAGGCCAGAAAACUCCCAAAGUUGAAUUACAAAUCUCAAUUUAUGGUGUAAAAAUUCUAGACCCCAAAACAAAGGAAGUCCAGCACAAUUGUCAACUCCAUAGGAUAUCAUUUUGUGCUGAUGAUAAAACUGACAAGAGAAUAUUUACAUUCAUUUGCAAAGAUUCAGAAUCAAAUAAGCAUUUGUGCUAUGUAUUUGACAGCGAAAAGUGUGCAGAAGAGAUCACCUUAACAAUUGGUCAAGCAUUUGACUUAGCUUACAGGAAAUUUCUGGAGUCUGGAGGAAAAGAUGUUGAGACAAGAAAGCAAAUUGCAGGUUUACAGAAAAGAAUUCAAGAGUUAGAAACUGAAAACUCAGAACUGAAAAAUAAAGUUCAAGAUUUGGAAAAUCAGUUAAGAAUAACACAAGUACAUACAUCUCCAGCAGGCAGUGUGACACCCAAAUCACCCUCCACUGACAUCUUUGAUAUGGUUCCCUUUUCUCCCAUAUCCCCUCAGUCAUCAACACCUACUCGCAAUGGCACACAGCCUCCUCCAGUACCCAGUAGAUCUGCAGAGAUCAAGAGAGACCUUUUUGGAGCAGAACCUUUUGACCCUUUUAGCUGUGGAGCAGGAGAUUUCCCUCCAGACAUUCAGUCCAAACUAGAUGAGAUGCAGCGUCAGCGAUGGAGGGGUUCAAAAUGGGACUAACUCUUGAAGGCACAGUGUUUUGUCUUGACCCACUAGACAGCAGGUGCUGAUGGCAAGAAACUAAAUAUGAAAUUCUUUCUUGGUGUUUUUCAAUUCCAAACACACAUUCACCAAUAUUAUCCAUGUGCCAAAAAAUAUUUUUCAACAUGCUAAUUUCUGUAAGGUUUGCUUCUGUAAAAUUUCAAUUUACUUCCAGUAUUUCCCUGUACAAAUGUAAAAAGUUGUACUUGUUUAUGAAAUAUGAAUUAAAUUAGUGUUGUGUUU